AUGGCGCCAGUGUACAGUGAAGUGUUGGGGUGUGGUUCGGGUGCGGUCAUGUUGCAUAGCGUCACCGAUUCGGGUGGCCCUACCAUGGCAGAGGUGUUUGCUGGUACAUUAGAGGUUCUGCAAGAGUGGCAGAGGAAGAUACAGCACUCUCGUGCCCAGCGGCUGGUGGAGGCGUAUCGGGACGCGCUGCGUGCCCGGCGCGCGGCAAGGCCCCGUUCACCCGCGCGUUCUCGUCGCAGCUAUGGAGGCGACGCUGCUGAGAGGGCCGCAGUGGAACCGGCUGUAGUUACCGAUCAACCCUACCCUCCCGACGGCGUAGAAGAGGAUAGCGACGGUGAUGAGAGUGUUAUGUCAGUGAUUGACGACGGCUUCAACACUCUGAUCGAGCUGUACAUCUUCUUCCGCGAGGCAGAUCUGUCCAGAAGGGAGGUGAACAGACUGCUCACCAUUUUUCAUAACCCUAAUUUCUCGCUGAGAGACGUGAGGCGGUGGCUCAAUUUCGUGGACGUGAGACGCUUUUGGCGCGACAAGGCGCCGCGUGAUCAGGUCCCAUGGAUGACGAAGGACAUCAAGUGCUACGGGCCCAGAGGCAGGAUGUGUACGCUACUGCUGCACUACCGGGAUACUGAGCUGCUCGUGAAAAAACUGCUACGCGCAUUCCACCACAUCGCGGGAUUUGUGACAAAGCCUCGGAAGGACGAGGAAGACACGGAGGAAGUGCGGCAUUACAGCACCCCCGACACGGGGAAGUGGCUGGAAGAAGCACGGGCCGCGAUUGGAGAGGAGGACUGCAUUGUGCUGGGUGUGAUUGUGUACAGCGACAGCACGCACGCCUCGAGGAAGGGCAGACUGGCGGCAUGGCCUGUCCUGAUCAGCUUGUUCAACAUCCCAGAAGCGCUACGAUGGCAGGAGCCGAGCCACGUACUGGCUGGUGUGCUGCCGUUCCCGCCAGAGUGGGCCUCAUCCACCGAGAAGACGCGCAUCUUCCAGCAGUGCAUGGAGGUCAUAUUCGAGCCCCUACUCCGCGCACACAGAGGGGCCGAAUUGCGAUGGAUUUAUGUGACGGACGCGACGGGCAAGGUGGUGAAGGCCUUUCCCUGUCUUUUCGGGCAGCUGGGGGACUUCCCAGAGUCGUCUCGGUCUACAGCGACUCUGCAGCAAGGGUCACAUCGGCCGUGUUCUACCUGCUACAUGAAGGAGAUACAUCUGGCAGACCUGUCGCAUAAGUCGGUGACGCGGACGGUGGAGCUACAGAGACGGGUCGUGGAAGCAAUUCAGUCGGCGACCGACAGCAAGGCGGCGGAGAAAAUCAAGAAACAAUGGUCAACACACCCGGUGCAGUGCUACUUGGAAAGAUGGAACUUCGCCGAGACCACGUGGGGAAACGUGUUUCUCGCAUGCGCGGCAGACCUUCUACACGUCCUGGAUGGGGGGAUGCUACCACGCAUGGGCAAGUGCUUCAUGGCUGGGAAGAGCAAGCCGGAGAGGCGCGAGUUUGAGAGGCGGCGCAAGGAACAGAAGAAGGACACGCGCGCAAGCGUAGUGCGCAUCCCGGGGGGGACCACAUGGUUCAGCACGGGGGCGAACUACGCCGCUUUCGAGCACAGGGGAAUGAUGCAGGUGAUGCCCCUGCUUAUCGCAGACAACAUGGAGAAGAGCAAGCAGCCGGCUAAGGCGAAACGGGAACGGGAGGUGGCGGCGUUUGUGGCGUACGCCAGCUUCUACAAGGCGCUGGUGGGCGUGACAAAGCAUACCGACAAGUCCCUGGACGACGUCCGGGAGAUGGCCGUGAAGAUGGUGGCGGAGAUCAAGGCCGCAUUCCCUGACCAGACGUCGGACUGGAACAUCCCUAAGGUGCACCAGAUUGUGCACCUGAUUGACGGCAUACCACUGCGUGGUAUGCCGAAUGAGACAUCCACCAACCUGUGGGAGCACACGCACAAGGGGACCGUGAAGGUGCCGGUCCGUGGCAGCAACUGGCACGACAUCCCGCGCCGAAUUGUCGAGGAGGAGGUGCAGCGCGAGAUUGCACGGGAGGUGGCGGCGGAAGCGGGUGGAAACAGGCAGUAUGUGACGGCGCUGCGCGAGGCAGUGCGGCGCAUGAAGCCAGUACUGACGAAGGCUUCAAAGAGGGCGCACGUGGACGAAGACAUGGACGCGGUGAUGUGGGCGUACCGCGCAGCUCAUGGGUCAGACAUGAACGCACUCGCCGGGUGCAUGGUGGCGGCAGGCAUCCACACCACCACCAUCGAGGUGGGAUAUGUCGUUCGAGAAGGUGCACACAGCCGUGGCGAUCCCCCGAACGCGGGGGGGGGGGGGGUGCUUGUGCCCAAGGGCACAUUUGUGAAGGCCAGUCCUUCUGAGCGGUGGUUUUCAGACAUCGCAGUGUACCGGUCCGACAAAGAGGAGUGGUAUGCCAGGUGCCUCUGCAUCUUCCGCGCAGAGGUGGCAGAUGGGGAGAUGGGGCGACACGUGUACGUUAAGUACUACGAGGCAGAGGGCACGUGCCCGAUGACGUCAUGCCUGCAGCUUUCUCCCGGCCGUGUGAGAACAAGAUACGCGGUGGUUCCCGUGGAGUGCAUCCAGAGGGUGGUGCACGUGUGCAAGUCCUAUGUGAACAAGCGUGUCAUGCUCCUGAACAAGUUCCUGCUGACGGAAUGA